UCUCGUAUGUCGAUCCAGACACUUGUGGAACCAAAUAGCAUAAUGUUCAGUAGUUUUGCUAAUUAGGAAUGUAAAACUGUAAUAAAAGACUACAGAAUCGUGCAUAUUACUCAAACUUCUUCAGUCAGAGAGACGUUUAACACUAGAAGUUUAAAUUUACUUCUUCAGCUGUCCUAGUUAUUUCACCUUAUGUUGAAUGCAGAGCAUGGCUAUUAAUGCGAAUGUGGACCCGGACCAGGUAUUCACAAAGCAGGAGAAAAUUGGAAAAGGAAAUUUCGGAGAAGUUUACAAAGGAGUGGAAAACAAGACUCAGCAGGUGGUAGCCAUCAAGAUUAUUGAUCUGGAAGAAGCGGAGGAUGAAAUUGAAGAUAUUCAGCAAGAAAUCAUGGUCUUAUCACAGUGUGAUAGCCCCUAUGUGACAAAAUAUUACGGAUCGUAUCUCAAGGGCACUAAAUUAUGGAUUGUUAUGGAAUAUCUGGGUGGAGGCUCUGCACUGGACCUCAUGAAGGCUGGAAAGUUUGAAGAGGGGCACAUAACUAUCAUCUUACGGGAAGUGUUGAAGGGGCUAAACUAUCUACACUCAGAACGAAAACUUCACAGAGAUAUUAAAGCGGCCAACAUCCUAUUGUCUGAAGCAGGAGAUGUGAAGUUAGCAGACUUUGGUGUUGCAGGCCAGCUGACUAAUACAAUCAAACGAACCACAUUUGUUGGAACUCCGUUCUGGAUGGCUCCAGAAGUUAUCAAACAAUCUGCAUACGAUAGCAAGGCUGACAUCUGGAGCCUCGGUAUAACAGCUAUUGAACUAGCUAAGGGAGAGCCCCCGAACUCUGAUCUCCACCCCAUGAGAGUGCUUUUUCUUAUUCCCAAGAACAACCCCCCACAACUCACAGGCGACUACAGCAAACAGUUUAAGGAUUUCGUGGAGGCAUGUCUAAAUAAGGAUCCUGAAAAUCGACCAACAGCAAAAGAACUUCUGAGAUCUCCAUUUAUACGAAAGGCCAGAAGAAACACUUGUCUAGUGGAUCUUAUUGAACGACACAAAGAGUGGAAAAUGUCGGGUGGAGGGCAGAAUGAUAGCGAUUCCGAGACUUCAGACCAGGAGGAGUCGAGGAGUUAUGAUACGUGGAAGAGUUGGCGGUGGGAUUUAGGAACAGUCAAACGAUCAGAAUCUUGUAGUUUUUCUCAACAGAUAGAAGCACCAUCCAAAAUCCAUCAGAAUGGAGACUUGUUCAACAAUCUCAACAACAAUGUGAUUCAUGAACGUGCAGCAGAAAAAUCAAGUUUUCAGUCUGUAACAGUCGUAGAAUCACCGGAAUUAAUAAGCAAGCAAAAAGUCAAAGAAGAGGUUUCUAAAGAGUUUCCAAAAAACUAUUUAUCUCCCAAUCACAUAAUUCAGAAUGGGGCUAUCCUUACAAAAAAUGUGGACAUGGGAAUAACUGUAAACUCUGAGAACAAAGAUAUGUUAUAUAGAGAACCUGGAACUGGACAACAAAUUAAAGAAGACAAAAAAUCCCAAAGCCAAAAUAAAGAUGCUAAGAAUGUAUCCACAACUCCACCAUCAACAACAAAAUCAACGUCUUUCAAGGAAUCAUCUUGUCUGUCAACAGUGAUUCAUCCACUGAUCAAUGAGCUUCACAGAAAGCACCAGAAUCAAGAUAAGUCGCAGGACAAUGGAUUACCUAAUGCUAUUAAAGAUCUCCAAGCUGCCUUUGAUAUAGCUGAAAAGUCGUGUCCAGGAAUUAGUGACACUUUUGUCACUGAACUUCUCCGUCACCUUCAACCUAGUUUUACUUCACAGAAACUACAGGAAACAGUAGAUAAAUUGAAAAGGUAUGUGUAGCUGGCCAUUUCAUUAUACUUGACAGAUCGGAAAUUUGUAGUGGACACUAUAGAACUGACCACUUCACCUGACAGAUCCGAAGUUUAUAGUGGAACAACGACUUAUCAGGGGAAACGUGUGUUCAGUUCAUCAGAUGCGUUGUUUACAAUAGUCGAUAACAGGGAUGAGUUGAACAUCAGAAAUUAGUAUUGUCGUUAUGUAAGGAAUAUAUAGAUAUAACAGAAGUACCUUACCUAUUGUUAUUUUUUUCUAAUCAAAACAGCUCCAAACAAAGAUUGGUGUUCUAUGAUAAACAAUCUGUAUAACACAAGUUUCAGUGAUAUCUCUUCAAUAAUGAUCAAGAGGUUAACGUUGUGUGUUGGUGAAACUCGUCUACUAAUGUUAUAAAGCUAAGAACUUUCAGGGACGCAUAUAUUACAUAGCUUUAUAUAUAUAUACUGAAGACAAUAACGCAAGGCACAGAAACGUCAUGUGUCUGUCAUAUGUAAUUAUUUCUUCAAAACGAGAAGCUCUGUAAUAAAACAUCUUAUCGAGCAGGUGCUUCUUAUGUUAAAGGUAAUAUGAAAAUAUUAGCCUAGAAAACAAGUUCGAAAGUACUAAUAUCUUUACAGGACAUUUUAUAUUCUUUGCAAACAUACGUAUAUGAUGAACAGAGUGAAGAUAUCAUGAUGGUGUAUGUAAAACAGCUAAAAUACAAAUAACUUAAAAUUUUAAACAGGUAUUCUACGUUUCACAAAUGUAAAGCACUUGUUUUAAAUGUUUAAUUUACAUUCAUUUUAGCUGUUUUAUAUGAAUUAACUAAUGAUAAUCUGUACUAAAGCUAGUACUAUAUAAAUACUAAUCUUAUCAUAAUUAUUCUUGCCAAGACAGCUCUAGUGUUCAUUACCUAUCAAGCAUUGUAAAGGGGGGGGGGGGCUGUAGAGUACAUUGCGGUUAAAGGAGAUUUGGAUGUAUAGUAAACAAACUAUACAAAAAGUAUGCAUAUUGUGAUUAUAUGCUAUAAAGAAAACUAUAUUUUGUCUGGAAUAGGUGGAGCUAUGUUAGUGGUGAAUAAAUGUCGUAAAAUAAUCUGUCUAGUGGAGCGCGAAAUGUAUUAGUCAAAGAGUUGUAUAAUAUACUGAAUAAAUGAAACGUCCUUGGAUGUUAGUAGUUGGUGUUGUGAGAUAAGUUAUGUUUUCUAGGUGACGAAUAAUACACUCUAAUUAUGUAAACAUAUGCUUUGAAAAAUCAGUUAUUCUAAACUGAAAUAGUAUUAUGAGAAGCAUUACUGUCCAGCGAAUAAAAUUUGAAACUCAGAUGAGAAGUGCUAUAAAAAAUAAAAUGUAUAUCUACUGAAAUGUUAUGAAAAUUGUACUGUUGGUAAAAUCCUACUGUGAAAAUCGUAUUGUCUAGUUAACUAGCACUGUGGUAGACACUUACUAAACAGAUGUUAUGAAAGUAAUUAUUAAAAUGUAUUAAAUACCCAGUACUUCUAUUAGCUACAUGUAAGGUGAUAGUUUAAAGGAAAUAUUAUUAUUUUUACGCUGAAUUUGUUUGCUCUAACAUAUCAUAGCUACUGGUGA